AUGAAACCGUCAAUAGAAAACGCCAGACGGCGGGGCGAUCGACAGAUGAGCAUGAGCAUGAAAGCACCCUCGGCCCAACGAACAUUCCCCGAUCGGCUUCCCGAACGCUUCAAAGAUGGAGACGAUGCGAAGCUGGAUUUCACAGCGCCUCCAAAAGGCAUGGUUUCUCGCGAUGGAAAUGUGCACUAUAUGCAACAGUCCCUUUUUUCGAUGAUCGCCGCUGUAGGCUCCCGCUCCGAUUUCCGAGCACGAUUUGACGAUUCCAGCGACGAUGACGAUAGAUCGGACGAAAAGAUUCGAAAAGAAAACCGAAUACCCACUCAAAGUAAAGAUACAUUUUCAGAUCAAAAUACUAGUGGGAGUUUGGCAUCCAAACCCUUUGACAGGGAGGACGGACGAGGACGUCGUCAUCGAAGAGCCAUAUCGGAGAACAAGCCUUUAAGAAGCCUGCCUGGCCAGAGUUUAAUGGAGACUGAGAAAGAAACAUCGACUAUCAGUGGAUCGGUACUCAUGGUCCCUCCAAGGCGAGCACGUAGUGUUACGCCACGCCCGGCUCCUAUCCUCACACAGAUGGUGCAGGCCCAGAACCGGUUCGAUACAGCCUCUGUACCCGAGAAUCCACCGUCAAGGCCAGAAUCUCCAAGCGACGAUCGACCACAAACAGCAGGGUCGGCGCUUUCGACAAGAUUGAUGGAGAUGUUCGGUUUUGAAAGCCCCGAAAAGGUACUAGCCGAAUACCCCUGUGCGCUACUACAAAGUAUGCUCCUUCAGGGUUAUAUGUAUGUUACAGAAGGACAUAUUUGCUUCUAUGCAUACCUGCCGAAGAAGUCCAGCGUCACCAUCAGAUCCGGUCACUUGGCAAAACGCGGUCGGAAGAAUCCAACAUAUAACCGGUACUGGUUUGUCCUGAAAGGAGACGUUUUCUCUUAUUAUGUCGACCCAUCAAACCUUUACUUCCCCAGUGGCCAUGUGGAUCUUCGAUAUGGUAUCUCUGCAUCUCUCGCGGAGUCGAAAACGCCGGGCGCUGAGGUGAAAGACUUCCAAGUAACUACCGACCAACGGACUUAUUACUUUCGUGCCGAUAGCGCCGCGGGCGCAAAGGAAUGGGUGAAAGCACUCCAAAAGGUUAUAUUUCGAACUCAUAAUGAUGGAGAUAGCGUCAAAGUAUCAUUUCCUAUUGAUUCCGUGAUCGACUUGGAGGAGAGUCCGAUGGCCGAGUUUGCCGAAACCUUCAAAAUCCGCGUUUUGGACAGUCAUGAGGAUUAUGCUAUGGACGAAUACUUUUUCUCGCUUUUCGAGUCAGGGCAAGAGGCUUUCAUUUAUCUUAAAGGCCUUGUGGGCUCAUCGUCUUCAAGGAUUCUGUCUGAAGAUUCAAGUUCAUCGAAAGCUCAACUCGAUGCGACUGUCGCCGAUCUGAAGAGAUUAUCAGAUAGUGAAGAUGCCUCUAUGUCAAGGCAAGAUCUGCUAUCGCGAACGCAGAGUGAGAGUUUCGGUAACGACCAUCAGGGCUCGGGCGAUUCAUUCACUCAUUCGGCGGAUCAAGGGACAGACUCGUCACAUGUUGUGCAAUCAAUGAUUGAAACCAAUGAAUCGGCGAGUCAAAUCCUCAACCGAAGUGAUGUUUUCCAGUCACCGACCAUGCAGUCUUUACCAAGGCGGCGAUCGGAUGCCGAAGAUAUCCACCAGCGACGAUCGAUCGAUACAACCCGUGCUCAAUCUGGGCCUUCGGCACGCCGAGGUAUCACAGGACGUAUCGCAGGGACCCCCGAGCAUAUGUUUGUUCCCCGGGACCAACAAACCAAUGUCCCCUUAAACGAGUUGGUAAAGGCUGGAGCUUAUCCUCUUCAGCGUGCUGCUGGAUUUGCUGAGUACCUAAAGAGUAGGUCCAAGCAGAUGAGCAGUUUGCUGGCAACGGAAUCAAUGGGAUAUAUCGAGAAGGUUUCGGGCAUGUGGAUUGGAGGGCAGAAGCAUUACGGAGAGACCGAAGGUGUUAUAUCGGGUGACCGAGGCCUGGAUCCUGAAGAGCAAGAAGGCGACAUCAACCAUGGUGAUCGCUUUCGUGCUCACUUUGCCCUCCCGUCGACAGAGAGACUGCAAGCAACUUACUAUGCAUACUUACAUCGCAUGCUCCCGCUCUAUGGCAAGAUUUAUAUCAGUGAGCGUAAAUUAUGUUUCCGCAGUCUAAUUCCUGGUACUCGGACCAAGAUGAUCCUACCGCUCAGGGACAUUGAAAAUGUGGAGAAAGAGAAGGGAUUUCGCUUUGGCUACCAUGGACUGGUUGUGAUCAUUCGGGGACAUGAAGAACUCUUUUUUGAGUUCAACGCUGCUGAUGCGCGGGAUGACUGUGCAGUCACACUUCACCAGAACCUCGAAUCCGUCAAGUUCCUGGCAGAAUCCGGCCUAUUGGCAGAGGAGGAACGCGAAGAAGUCGAGGCGGCAAAGGCUGAGCACCGGAUGCUUGAAGAAGCUCGACUGGAGAACCCAGAUGAUAAUGAACCUCAAUCAACAAUGAACGAGGUUUCAUCCGAACUCAACCCGUUCUUUGAUGACCCCCGCGCUUCUAUCAUCAAUUUCAAACCGCCUGAACCUCUAAGGAUCACCUGCUUGACCAUUGGAUCCCGAGGAGAUGUACAACCCUAUAUUGCACUAUGCAAGGGUCUCAAGGCAGAGGGCCAUAAACCAAAGAUCGCUACUCAUGCUGAAUUUGAGCCAUGGAUUCGAUCCCAUGGCAUCGAUUUUGCGCCCGUCGAUGGUGAUCCUGCUGAACUGAUGCGAAUUUGUGUCGAGAACGGCAUGUUUACUUAUUCCUUUCUUCGUGAGGCCUCCUCGAAAUUUAGAGGUUGGAUUGAUGACCUUCUGUCUUCUGCCUGGGUUAGCUGUCAGGACAGUGAUCUUCUUAUUGAAUCACCUAGUGCAAUGGCUGGAAUCCAUAUUGCAGAAGCACUUCGAAUCCCAUACUUUCGAGGAUUUACUAUGCCCUGGUCGAGAACACGAGCAUAUCCACAUGCUUUUGCUGUGCCCGAGAAUCGCAUGGGAGGCUACUAUAACCACAUUACCUACGUCAUGUUUGACAACAUCUUCUGGAAAGCUAUUGCAGGUCAGGUAAAUCGAUGGCGACAUAAAGAGUUGGGACUUAAAGCAACCAACCUGGACAGAAUGCAACAGAACAAAGUUCCAUUCCUCUACAACUUUUCGCCCUCGGUAGUGCCACCCCCUCUCGACUUCCCUGACUGGAUCCGCAUCACAGGCUACUGGUUCCUAAGUGAAGGAUCGGAUUGGAGCCCACCGAAAGAGUUGGCCGAUUUCAUCAGCCGUGCUCGUGCGGAUGGCAAAAAACUUGUAUAUAUUGGGUUCGGGUCUAUCGUGGUCUCAGAUCCUGCUGCUCUCACGCGAACUGUCAUCGAGAGUGUCCAAAAGGCCGAUGUACGAUGCAUUCUCUCUAAGGGAUGGUCGGAUCGACUGGGCGAUCCUUCUAGUGUUAAGGUUGAGACUCCAUUACCAGCUGAGAUUCAUCAGAUUCAAUCUGCUCCUCACGAUUGGCUUUUCUCGCAAAUUGAUGCUGCAGCUCAUCACGGUGGCGCGGGAACUACUGGCGCAAGUCUCCGGGCUGGUGUUCCAACAAUUGUGAAGCCUUUCUUUGGAGAUCAAUUCUUCUUUGGUUCCCGUGUCGAAGAUUUGGGUGUGGGAGUUUGUAUGAAAAAGCUGAAUGUCAGUGUCUUUUCGCGCGCAAUUUGGGAGGCGACACAUAGUGAGCGAAUGAUCGUCAAAGCCCGUAACUUGGGCAUUCAGAUACGAAGUGAGGAUGGUGUUGCCACUGCUAUCCAGUCCCUUUACCGCGAUUUAGAAUAUGCAAAGACCCUCGCGCGACAACGCUCUAAUAUUUCAAGUACCCCCUUUUCGCCCACUCCAUCUGCUAAAGCAUCGCCUGAUCAUGACGAUGAUGACAUCGACGAUAUUGAAGAGUGGACCUUUGUGGGCGAUGAUAUUGACCUCUCAAAGCGAGUACGUGACCGAGCUGCCUCGGCCGCAUCGGCUGCAUCAGAUGUCGACAAGAUGGCCUCUAGCAUGUUUCUUCCAUAA